UUUCUGCUCGCCAACCCCCCCUCCUCGCGUCCUCGCACACGCACUGCGCGCCGUGUCCUCGAUCUCUCCUCUCCUCUCCCCUCCCCUCCCUCCCUUUCUCUUCCACGGACACCGGGAGGAGAAGGGUUGAUCCGAUCGGGGAGGAGGCGUGGCCAGAGAUGGGUCCCCACGGAGGCAGCAUUGCGCUCCGCGCGGUCGUGCUCGCCGCCGUCCUCGGCUUCGCCGCCGCCGGGUUCAUCUCGAAUGACGCGCUGCUGGAUCGCGGGCACGACACCACCGGCCGGAGCCUGCUGCAGGCCAAGAAAGAUUGCCCGGUGAGCUUCGAGGGCGCCAACUACACGAUCAUCACGAGCCGGUGCAAGGGCCCGCUGUACCAGCCGACGCUGUGCUGCGGCGCGCUCAAGGACUUCGCGUGCCCCUACGCCACCUACAUCAACGACGUCACGACCAACUGCGCCGCCACCAUGUUCAGCUACAUCAACCUCUACGGCAAGUACCCGCCGGGCCUCUUCGCCAACACCUGCCACGAGGGCGACAAGGGCCUCGCGUGCCCCGAGGACACCCCGCAGGUCCAGCCCGGGCAGAAGGCCUCCGGCGCGGCCGCCGUCGCCGCCGCGCCCGCCGCGGCCCUGGCCGCCGCGCUGGCCGCCUCGUUGCUCGUGUCCUGCUGAGAGACCCCGGAUGGCCAUUGUGAACAGAGCAGGGAGGAGGCUUUGAGUUUGAGGCCGUGACAGCGCAACCGACUGCGUUUCUGUACCACUUUCUUUUUCUGGAUGGAUGGUUCUCAAGAUGUCUGGAUAUGUUUUAUAUCUGAAUGAAAUCCGAAAAGGGUGGUAGACGGGCAAAGCUAACCAGCUAAACUCUGCUUUCACUUUUUGAACAUGGUAAAAUUUCGUUAA